CAUUACCUCUUCACAUACCAGCCCGGCAGCCACGCGGCGCACGAGCCCGAAGCAAUAAGGAGGUCGGUGGACACUUUGUUUGCACAGCAUGACAGCGUGCGGUGGCACUCGGAACAGAAGCUUCUGAAACGCUCCAAACGCAGCCUGCACUUUAAUGAUCCCAAGUACCCCCAGCAGUGGCAUCUGAGCCCAGAAGGCAGCUAUGACUUGAACUCCAACGAUCCCGACCCUAUGCCUCACCCCGACGAGGAGAACGGCAACCACCACGGGACCCGCUGCGCCGGCGAGAUCGCUGUGCCAAACAACAGCUUCUGCACGGUGGGAGUUGCCUACGGGAGCCGCAUCGCAGGCAUCCGAGUGCUGGAUGGGCCCCUCACCGACAGCAUGGAGGCCAUCGCCUUCAACAAGCACUAUCAGAUCAACGACAUCUACAGCUGCAGCUGGGGUCCGGAUGAUGAUGGGAAAACCGUGGAUGGCCCCCAUCAACUGGGAAAGGCCGCCCUGCAGCACGGCGUGAUCGCGGGUCGCAGGGGCUUCGGGAGCAUUUUCGUCGUGGCCAGUGGCAACGGCGGGCAGCACAGCGACAACUGCAACUACGAUGGUUACGCCAACUCCAUCUACACCGUCACGAUAGGCGCAGUGGACGAGACGGGCUCCAUGCCGUUCUAUGCCGAGGAAUGCGCCUCCAUGUUGGCGGUGACCUUCAGCGGCGGGGACAAGAUGAUGAGGAGCAUAGUGACGACAGACUGGGAUUUGCAGAAGGGCACGGGCUGCACGGAGGGCCACACGGGGACGUCAGCCGCUGCCCCUCUUGCCGCCGGAUUGCUGCAGGUGCGGCCGUGUCUCACCUGGAGAGACGUCCAGCACAUCAUUGUCUUCACUGCCACCAAG